UAUUUAUUUAUUCGUGUUUGAUUCGUGUUUUUGUUUGACGUUGACGAAAACAUGAUAAAAUCAGGCUAAAAAUUUUAAUGCUCUUGUUCUAAUUUAAAAGCCAUAAAAAGUAAGCAUGGCUCUUCUUCCCUAUUCCAAAUCAGUGUUCAGGAAAGCACAAUGUUACAUGGCACAGUGCUCGAAUGUAAAAUCUUUUGUCAGAAACCUAAUGUCCAAACAACUGGUUUACACUGAGUUCGGAGAUCCGCUGCAAGUUGUAAAAUUAAGAGAGAGUGCUGUACCCCCAUUGGGCAGCCAAGAUGUGUUAGUGAGGAUGUUAGCUGCCCCAGUCAAUCCUGCUGAUAUUAAUACCAUACAAGGCAAGUAUCCAGUUAAGGUCAAAUUACCAAGUAUUCCUGGUAAUGAAGGUGUUGGAAUUGUGGAAGAGGUUGGAGACAAGGUUGAUAGUAUCACAUGUGGAAACAAAGUCAUUGUGACUAAGCCAUUACAGGGUACUUGGCGAAACUAUGGAGUUUUUAAUAAAAAUGCACUUAGAGUAGUUCCAGAAGAACUGGGGCUAGUAGAGGCAGCUACACUGACUGUCAACCCUUGCACUGCUUACAGAAUGCUACUGGAUUUUGUGAAUAUUCAAGACAAAGCAGUAGUGAUUCAGAAUGGAGCGAAUGGGGCUUGUGGUCAAAAUGUUAUCCAAUUAUGUAAAGCAUGGGGUGUCAAAAAUAUAAACAUUGUUAGAAGCAGGCCUGAUAUAGACAGUCUCAAAUCAUAUUUGAUGAAUUUGGGUGCUUCAUUAGUUUUAACAGAAGAAGAGCUGCGAAACACUACAAUUUUCAAGGAUAAGCAAUAUGAGAAACCUAAGUUAGCUCUUAACUGUGUUGGAGGAAAAAAUGCACUUGAGUUAGUAAGACAUAUGCACCAUUCUGGAAAAAUGAUCACCUAUGGUGGAAUGUCAAGAGAUCCUGUCACUAUUCCUACUUCAGCAUUUAUUUUCAAAAAUAUAUCUUUUCAUGGCUUUUGGAUGACAGCUUGGAAUGAGAAAGCUUGCCAAGUAGAAAAAGAUGCAAUGGUGCUUGAUAUUGUGAAACUCAUGUGUGAGAAUCGUUUGAAGGGACCAGUACACAAAAUGGUGAAAUUCGAAGAAUAUGAAGGAGCUUUGGGAAAUGCCCUCAAUAGGCAGGGAUUUACAGGAUGUAAAAAUGUGUGCUUGCCAAGAUUACCCACUGUUGCAGGAGAUGAAGGUAUUGGAGAAGUUGUUGAAAUUGGUGGACUAGUUUGCACAUGUGUACCUGGACAAAGAGUGGUUCUCAGCACUAGAAUGCUUGGAUCCUGGCGCUAUUAUGGUAUAUACCACGAAAGGGAAGUUCAUGUGGUUUCUCCAAACCUAAGUCUUCCGGAAGGAGCCAUGCUUACUUCAGCUCCAAGUACAGCAUAUAGAUUAUUAAAAGAUUUCAGGCAUGUUAAAUCAGGAGAAACGGUUGCGCAAACUGCAGCCAAUGGCCCUUGUGGACAAUGUGUCAUACAGCUCUGUAAAGCAUGUGGAAUAAAUACUUUUAACAUAGUACCUAACCGAUGCGACCAUUAUCUAAUAGAUCAUCUAUAUCGCAUAGGAGCUACUUCUGUUGUCACCCUUGAAGAAGCUGAAAACUUAUCAAAUUUUAGUACAUCCCUUACGCGACCUGUCUUAGCAUUGAACUGUUUGGGUGGUAGAUUUGAAGAUGUGAUGCUUAAACUUCUAGACCGUAACGGCACUAUAAUUUAUUAUGGCGAUGCUUUCUGUUUGCCUUUAGUGAAACAAUUUCUUCGCUAUGAUGUAACGUUUGCUAAAUUUCAUUUAAAGGACUGGGACAAUAAAGCAACGCCGGUUGAGAAAGACAUAAUGUUUAAAGAAAUAAUACAACUCAUGAUAACAGGAAAUUUUGAAGCUCCGUUAUACCAAUCUCUGGAAUUGAAGAAUUAUGUGUACGCACUACGAGGCACAUCUCAAUACGAAUCAGACAGAACGUACAGUUAUAUUUUCGAUUUAACUUUGCCUUGUUGAC